CACAAGUGCCUCUGCAGCUCUCGACUGAAGUGUUGUGAGGGUUCUAUUUUUAGAGGGACCCCAAAUAAUGCAGCAGAGGUGGGCCCCUCCUCCACCCCCGCCUCGGGACCCUUCCGGCAUCCACAGUAUCGUGGAGUCGCAUCGACAUCAUCAUCCUCCCGAUGAUGAGGAGGCCAUGAGCAGCGACAGUUCCGACCCCAAGAGGCGAUCCAGCUACGAGAAUAUCCAGGCUCAUGAGCGGUUCCUGCCCAACAAGCCUCCGCCGCCGGUCAUCACCCGUCGAAGUAGAGAUUCCUCUUUACACCGUUCGACGCCCAGUCCCUCUCUCCGUCCACCCUGUAGACUCUCUUCACCCCGUGACCCCUGCUGGUCUGACACUUUGUCCGACGAUGCCUGCUCGGAACCGGUCAGGAGGAGGCCGGGGAGCCGCGCGUCCUCCCGGAUCCACCACAGAGGACCCACUCUGGAUUGUCCAGCGUCGACUUGGGGACACCCUAGCUCCCCUUGUUGCGUUCCCUAUCACUGGUGCGGAGCUGCUCACUUCAUGCAUUCGGGUAAUGAAGUAGGUUUUGAGUGUGAUGAUUUGGAGCAGAGGAUUUCCCAACUUGAAAUCGAGAAGCAACAGCUCACACUUCAGGUGAAUGUGUUGUCGGAUCAGGUCGAGGCUCAAAACGAGAAAGUCGAGGAACUGGAGUACUCACUCUCAAAGAGUAAAGAACAACUGGACCACUCUGAGACACUAUUAAGAAAAGAGAUGUCGACGAGAUCAACCAUUGAAAAUAGUAAACUUGAUUUGAUGGCUCAAAUAUCUGCACUAAGAAUACGGUUGGCGAGUGUAGAGAAUGAGAAAAGAGAAACAGAAGAGAGGAAUUGUAAAUUAGAAAAUGAGCUUAUUUUGACGUGUGCUUGUUUGGCUGAAAAGGAAACUGAACUGUCAACUUUUAAGGCAAGACUUGCACGCAGUGGAGCCACGACACCCCUUCCGGAUAAUAAUAAUAGUGAGUUUGAGAAAUUGAGAGGAGCCCUCUCAUCUGUGAUGGCCUUAAAUGAUGAAAAAGAAAGAGAGAUACAGGAAAUGAAAACUUCUUUCAAUCGAUACAGGAAACUUCAAGAAUUAGUUUUAUCCAAUUCUUCCCACGAAAAGAAUGAUUCCUCCCACAGAUCUGUUGAAGAUAGCUUCCUCUCUACCAUUUUGUCUAGUUCCUUCUACGAUUUCAGUUUGAGUGAAAAACCCCCUCCUGUUCCAAGGCAGAAUGAGAAUCAUCGUUUGUCUCCUCUCUUCACCCCCAUUCGGGGAGGAUCACCCUUUGGGGGAGGAGAGGUGGCAUGUCGGUACAGCGGCAGUUCAGAGAAUGUCAAUCCAUCCGCACCACAAAAAACUCCACCUUUAAAAAGAUUUUAUUCGACACUUCCUCGACCCCAUCAGUCGGAUAUUCUGAAGCAGUUUGUCAAACCUGUACCCGAAAUUUCGACACCCCGUAUAACAGUUGGUACUUCCCAUUCUGUUCACAAUUUGCACCAUUCGAACUUUGAUGCACCUCGCACCUUUCGUCCUAAACCGUCUGGUGUAUCCUUUGGUAAAGGACUUCUCAGAAUGCGACUAGGAAAACGCUGUUCCAGUGCACCUGAAUUAGCUCCUGAAAUAUCAGAGACAUCUCCUGUGUCACCCCCUCAAAAUAGAAGUUGCAGAAGAACAUCUUCACCUAUUCAUCCACCUAAAGAGAAGCACAAAGGAUUGCGGAAGAUAUUUGGAAAGGUGCGACGCAGUGGAUCCGAGAACUUGAACUCCUCGGCAGCUGAAUUGAAAAGGGGUGGAAUUCGUGCAACUGCUGGACCGAGACUCGGCUGGUCGGAAAAGCCGAUGUUUGGAAACAACAGUUUUAAAAAAACAAGUUUUGUGGAAUGGGACAACAACAUGAUAUGUGAUUGGCUGAUUAGCAUUGGACUGAGUAUGUAUAUCCAAGAUUGUAAAAAAUGGGGUAAAAAUGGAGAACAAUUAUUAAAAGCCACCACCACAGAAUUUGAAAAAGAACUGAAUAUAAAGAAUCCUCUUCACCGUAAAAAACUUUUGCUGGCCCUGAAGGGAUCGAAAGAGAUGGCGGGAGAGGAAGUGGAACCUGCGGAAAAGAUAGAUUAUCAGUGGGUGGUGAGAUGGUUGGACGACAUCGGACUCCCUCAAUAUAAAGAUGCAUUCUUUGAAGCUCGAAUGGAUGGACGGAUGCUGCAUCAUCUCACACUGGAUGAUCUGUCUCAUUUGAAAGUCACAAAUCUUCUUCAUCACAUCAGCAUCAAAACAGGAAUUCAAGUGUUGAGAGAAAAUAAUUUCGAUCCUCUCUGCCUCAGGAGGAGAUCACUUCCUGACGAUUGUCCUCCCAAUGAUGUGAGCCGCUGGACCAAUCACAGAGUGAUGGAGUGGUUGAGGAAUGUUGAUCUAUCAGAAUACGCACCUAAUUUACGCGGAAGUGGUGUACAUGGAGGUCUUAUGAUGUACGAACAUCGCUUCAAUGCCGAUUUGAUGGCAACCCUUUUGAACAUUCCACCCAGUAAAACUCUGCUGCGACGACACCUCACUACUCAGUUCAAAUUGGUGGUGGGCCCUGACACGAUACAGAAAAAGAGAGAAUCGGAGACCCGACCCGAUUUUGUGCCGCUCUCUCCGAGUGCCAAAUUCAAGAAUGUGAAGAGGGGUGGUCCAUUCUCUCUGGGGAGGAAAAGGAAUAAAGUGGAGUAUGUGUGUCCUCUGAACUUUGAUUUGGGAUCAUCACUCUUGAUGCUCAAUGACAACAGAACAGAGGAAGAAAAGUUCCUCAUGAAAGAGAUGGUCUUAAAGAAUGAAACUGUUUUGGAAAAUAUGCCAGCUUCUAAUGUGUGAUGACAUCCUCCAUCAAAAGAUUCACUUCAUAUUUUCAGUAUUUUCUUAAAGGCAUACCACAUACAUUUUUAUUACAUUUCACUGCAUUAUUUUUAUUCUGACAGUCAUAUUUUCCAUUUCUUAACAAAUUUUUGGUGUUUUAAAAUGCUUAUCUGUCCUAAAACAGUUUUAAAACUUUCUUACUGACAACUUAUAACUAAUAUAGAGUGUAAAAAUUUUGUAAAGAGAUUUUAAAAAAAUCCCAUCAUCAUUCAUCCUUUUUAACAGUUUGAUUUCACUCUUUGAUUGAUGUACAAGUCCUCCUGAAAUCUUGUUUGUUGUUAUUGUUAAAUCUUCAUCUUAAAGGCAUUGUUUUUCCCUUUUGCAAGGCUGCCAACUGCUAUGCAUUUUGCAAAACAUUUAUAAGAGUUGUAGACAAACUAAAUCUUUCAGAAUUUUAGAUUAUUUUGCCUACAUUUUAAAAUUCUCACCAAGAAUCAACUGGAAGGAAGUGGUUUUUUAUGUGAACUUUUGAAUCAAAUUGACUACAAAAAUCAUAUAUUAAAACAUAAAUUUUUCUACAAAAGAAAUUUUCUAGAAAGCAUAGAAAAGUGACCGCUCUGGUUCUUGUCGUAUAACAGUCCAAAUAUAAUUUCUUUUAAAUGUGUGUUUACCUUUUUAACCCUCCAAAACUGAGAUUUUAGGAGGGACGAAAAUAAUUUAAAUUGUUCAAGUGUGUCUGUUUGAUUAAAAAGGAAUUUAUUGUUUGAAAUUUUAAAUAGUCUUUGAUAACAGAAGUAUUUUUAAAGUAUAUUUAAAAUAUUGUCUAUCUGAGGAUCUUUUGUGUACUCAUUUAUUGAAACAUUUUACAUCAUGAAAUGCAGAAAAACUGUCUGAUAUAAAUAUAAAAAUACAGCUUUCAAAAUACUUAUUUUUGCUUAAAUGUAAUAAUUAAUUUUUACUUGUUACUAAUGUUAAAUGUUUGUAAUCUGAUAAAGUGUUAUCCAUUGUUUUAACUUUUUUUAUCCUCUACAAAAAAAAGAAGAAAACUCAGAAUUAAAGAUGUUUGUAUUAAAACAUUUCUAUUACUUUUUUUAGAAGAAUUCACAGAAGGGCUUUUAUGAUGAGAAUAUAGAUGGGAAAACAAAUAUAUGCAUGUCUUGCAUAUAUUUUUUAUUUUUCAAUUAAGUAUGAAGAAUGAAGUUCUUAAAAUCUGUGAAAAUAGUUUCCAAAAAAAUUCUACUGACUUUUUUUUUACGUGGAGACUUUUAAGUUAGAAAUGGAAUAACUUUUGUGAAACAGAAAUAAGAAAUAUAUUUUGGGUGGAAAAGAAAUUUUUAUAACUUUAUGUGUUGAAGUUAGGUUGAUGAAAUAAAGAUGACUCUUAUUAAUAGAUCUAGAUAGAUUGUAGCUGUAGAUACAAACUACUUAAAACACCAUUUAAAAAAAAAACUUCAUGCUAGUAGAAAACUCAGAGAUUCCCCCUCCCCCUUACUUUGGAAUGGGGGUUUUCAAGUGAAAUGAUUAAUCAUAUAAGUAUAUUUUUAUGCGUCGAAAGGAUAAGCAAAGAAUGUUUUUUUUUACACAAUACUGCAAGACAAAUGAAAGAGGGGUCAGUAGCUCUGUUGCAAGGAGGGGGGAGGGACAAUUCAAAAUGCAUGGUAUGAAUGAAAUUCAUUGCAAAAUAACAGUAUCUAUAACGUUGUAUGUGAGAUUUUUAUUUUGGACACAGUUAAAAAUGCAUGUCUAAGAGAGAACGACACAGAUAUUUAAAAAAUAAAUGUACACGGAUUCCGACAAACUUCUUUUGUGAAAAAUUGAUUUUUCCUCUUCUUUCUUUCAAAGAAUAUAUUAAUUUAUCCUAAUAAAUUGGAAAUGCGAUGUUUUUCAUUUGUCUAAAUAAUGUAGCAUAUUUUUUAAAUAAAUUUUUUUUAAAAAGAUGAUAGUAGUCAGUUUUUUUUUAAAGAGGUUGUUAAGGAUUCUAUAAAUUUACAAUAACUGUUAAUAAAUUCGCGUUGUACGAAUCAAAAUUUUUUAAAGAACCACUUUAUGGUGUAGUGUUUUGAAAAUGAAUAAUGGAUUGUUACAUACGUAAUAUACUCAGGAAUUUUUUCCCUGCUAUUAUGGAUGCUUUAGUGUUUAACAACAUAAGUAUGAAAAUCCUCAUUUAGUUGUUGAAAUUGGGCUGGACGUUAAAUAGGUGUUCCCAUUUUCUUAAACAUGACCAUUUCAAGCUGUGUUCAGAAUGAAAAAAAAAAAAACUCACCUACAAUGUGCAAGUAUAUAAGGAAAUUUUGUUUAUAACUAUGUAUUUAUUAUUGUGAUUACAAUUGACAAUUAAAGUGUCAUCUCACUACCAGAGAUCAGAUUUCUCAAUGGCAGAGAUCUCAGUUUUUUUUUAUUUAUUUAUAUUUUGCUAUAACUCGUCAUCAUAAUCCGUUGCUUUAAGCGACUGCCAAGAACAACUUUAGUGUAGGAGGCUGAUCUCCUGAUAAUACCAAACAGAUGAUUUUAUAAAUAAAAGAAUUUAUCAUAAUUUAAUGACUUUGUUAGUAGAAAAUAAUAAUGUGUGACCAGUGAGUCUACAACAUUUUGUACGAUCUGUAACAUUAUGUUGCAACCUAUACAAGCUGUUAAAAAUUUCUGAUUUUUAUUCUGCAGAAAUUGUUGCACUGUUAAGAUUCUAUUUUGAACCAAAAACUGUAUUCAAGAUAUUUUAAUAAACUGAAAGUUAUAUGUUUUAA